AUGCCUAUCGUUGUCGCUUCCCAUACUCCUCGCCGUCGCAGCGAGGUCGUCUCUCGUAAAGAUAUUGGGCUUUCCUACCUGCGGAUCGUUUGGCUCGAAUAUUUAUCUAUCGCCGUUGUUGCUACCUCGGCGCUCUGGGCUUACUCCCUGCCAGUGUACUACCUAGAACUAAGGUUGAUUCCAAUACAACGCUCUUCUGCCCCACGGAGUGCCUCAGAAGGAUCUGUGCCUCUGUUUCACGGUCUAGUCGAGCUCAGCUAUCCCUUAGUGAAAGAGCCACUACCAACAUGGGCAUGUGGAUUGGUCGUUGUUCUCCUUCCUUUGCUUGUUAUCACCAUGUUUCAACUCAAGCUGCGAAGUCUCUGGGACUUUCAUGCUGGGUUCACAGGAACGUUGAAAACUGCAGCUGUGUCUACACUGGUUGCUACAACCCUCAAACAUUUCAUUGGUGGCUUCCGACCUCAUUUCCUCGACGUAUGCAAACCUGACCUCAAUAUGAUUCUUGUGCAAGAUUUCUUCAUCCCUCAGUGUGUAAAGCUAGCCCAAAUGCCGUUAGCUGAGCGUGAGUUCUCAUUGUAUGACUAUCGAAUAAUUGCUGAUUCUGGACCUAGGGUACAAGGGUUUCCUAGCGGUCACACCACGAGUGCAUUUGCUUCCUCAAUAUUUCUUGCCCUGUACAUCAACGCAAAAUUGAAGGCUUUUGGAGAUCAUGCAUCGGAGUUUUGGGUAUUCAUCGCGACCAUGACACCGUUACUCUUGGCUACACUCAUCGCAGGACCGAUGUACAUUUCAUAUCAUCAUGCCUACGAGAUUGUUAUUAGUAUGCUGAUCGGACUCAUGCUUGGCGUCCUUGGGUAUCGCUCUGCCUACGCAGCAGUGUUUGACUACCGAUACAACAACCAUAUACCCUUUCCGCCAUUCGGCUCCCGGACCCGAUUCACCUAUACUCCCGACGCCCAAACUAUCGAGGUCCUAGGACAUAACACAGAUGCUGAACAUCUUGCCAUGUGGGACUGGUGGUCUAAAUCGGAAGUGACAGGCCAAGAUCAGGAAAGGGGCUUGUCAUGGCUGAGAAACAUGGGAUUUUUGGUGGAAACAGGCGAAGACACUCACAUGAUCGUGAAAUUGCGAUUGCAAAAAGAGGCUAAGGUCAUUAGAUGGACGCAGUGA